CGAAAGCAGGAGCUUUCGCGGGGUUUGAACCUGGGUCGAAGGAAUUCCGCAGAUUUCUGACAGUUUGCCCAGAUAGAGACACUCUACUUUUCACAUGUUGAUCUUACAUCUUGACUUGGUGUGUGUGCGUUUCCAUGCCCAAAUGUAUAUAUUUCACAUAAAAAUUGAGAGAUUAAGAGGAAACAAGAGGAUCUGAAAGUUGUACGUGGGUACAGAACUGGUUAGCUGCAAUUCCUCUCUAUGUCCAUGGCCUUUGAAGACUUGGCCAGCCAGUUACCAAAUUUCUACACUCGUCAGAAUUCUAGCAAUGCAGUUUCUCUGGACUUUGAGCCUAAUGCCAACUAUCAGUUUGUGGAAAUCUUAGAAGAACGGUACAAAUGUACCUAUUGCCAUCUAGUCCUUCACAAUCCUCACCAGACAGGAUGUGGGCACAGAUUUUGUCAGCACUGCAUUGUGUCUCUGAGAGAACUGAAUGCAAUACCUACAUGUCCUGUAGACAAAGAAAUAAUAAAAGUUCAGGAGGUGUUCAAAGACACUUGCUGUAAAAGGGAAGUUCUCAAUUUACAAGUAUUUUGCAGAAAUUUGCCAGCCUGCAGUGCAAAAACAUCUCUGGGACGAUACCAGGAUCAUCUACAACAGUGUUUGUUUGAAAGUGUGCCGUGCACUAAUGAAGGAUGUUGUGAAAAAAUCCUUCAGAAGGAUUUGAAGGAACACCUGAGUUUGCGGUGUGACUAUCGAAAGGAACUGUGCCAGUACUGUAAUCAGCCUGUGAUUUCAAUUCAUUUAAACAUCCAUGAGAAAACGGACUGUCCAGAUUAUCCCUUGACUUGCCCCCAAGGCUGCAUGCAGAUAAUCGUGAAGAAAGAGGUAGAAGACCAUGUCUUUGUAUGUCCUGAGAUGGAAAUUGAUUGUCCAUAUAAACAGUACGGCUGUCUUACAAAGAUUAAAAGAGGAGAGCUUUCAGAACAUGAGAAUAUCUUCUUAAGAGAACAUAUGCUGCAGAUCUUAGAGAAGAACUCAAAGCUGGAAGAUCAGAUCUCGGACCUUUAUAUGAACCUAGAACAUAAAGAGAUAAAAAUCCAGCAGCUGACAGACAUGGUAAAAAAGUGUGAAAAAGAAUUCAGGGAUUUUACUCAGCCAUUUGGUAAAAAUAGCAAGUUGCUAGCAAGCACUCAGACUUUGGCAAUUCACAUUGAUAAAUCUGCCUGCCUGGAAACCCAAGUGAGACAGCUAGUACAAAUGGCAAAUCAGCAGCAAAAUAAAUUUGACCUGAAACCACUACUGGAGACCAUUGAUAACCUAAAGCAAAAAGUUGCAUUCAUGGAGUCAUAUGAUCAGCGUUUAGUUGUUCUGGAAGACUUGUCAAAUCAGCAUGACAUCCACCUGGGUAUCCAUAGGGCACAACUUAACAAAAAUGAAGAACGGUUUAAGCUUUUGGAAGGGACAAGUUACAAUGGAAAACUGAUUUGGAAAAUUGUGGACUACAAGAUGAAAAAGAAAGAGGCCAUGGAAGGCCACAAUCUCUCCAUAUUCAGCCAGCCUUUUUACACCAGCCGUUGUGGGUACAGAUUAUCUGCCAGAGCAUAUCUAAACGGGGAUGGUUCAGGAAAGGGGACCCAUGUUUCCUUGUACUUUGUAGUGAUGAGAGGGGAGUUUGAUUCCUUGUUACCGUGGCCUUUCAAGCAAAAGGUUACACUUAUGCUUUUGGACCAAAGUGGGAAGAAAAACCACAUAAUUGAAACCUUUAAAGCUGACCCCAACAGCAGCAGUUUCAAAAGGCCAGAAGGAGAGAUCAAUGUUGCCUCUGGCUGUCCUCGGUUUGUUGCACACUCCAUGCUAGAAAAUGCAAAGAAUACCUUCAUCAAAGAUGAUACGCUCUUCCUGAAGGUAGUGGUAGAUUUAAGUGACCUUGAAGAAUUAUGAGCGGACUUGAAAGAGAACUGUUAAAGGUGAUGACUUGGUGAUCCCUGGAUUCUUUCAGACAACAGGGGAAAAGCUGCUCUUCGGUCUGCUAACCUAUUUUUAUAUACUUUGAUAGUUUGACUACUAUUUUUGUACUUUUUCGAAGUUGCAGUAAGGAAACCGGCUAAGUCUCUAUGAGUUUUAAUUAACAAAACUUGGUAUUAGAAGUUUUUAAACAUGUUUUGAAAUUCUAAUCUGGGUCACUAUCUCAGGAGCUAUGAUCUUGGGUGAUUUGGCGACAGGAUGUUCUAGAAUCCGAAGGCACAUUGCUAGAGGUGCUAAUUGUUUUGUGUAUUUCAUAAUGCUAUAAUUACUUUGGUCACUAAUCAGAUUGACACACUUCCCAUUUCCCCACACCCUGAUCCUAUGUAUAUUUGGUCAAAACUAGCGCUUAUUUCCAAGUAAACUAUGCAUAGGAAUAAUCAUUUUUUUAAAAAAAAAAAUUCUUGCAAACGUG